GCGGCGGCUGCGCGGCGCGCGAUUGGCAGGGUCUCCCGCGGUGAGUGACGGCGCCGCCGCCGCCGCCGCCGCCGCCGCCCAGGGUAGCGCGGAGCCUCCGCUCCACUGCCCCGUCGCCAUGGACCUGUUCGGGGACCUGCCAGAGCCCGAGCGCGCGCCGCGGCCGUCUGCCGGGAAAGAAGCACAGGAAGGACCCGUGCUCUUUGAGGACCUGCCCCCGGCCAGCAGUACUGACUCAGGAUCUGGGGGACCUUUACUCUUUGAUGAUCUCCCACCUGCUGGCAGUGGCAAUUCAGGUUCUCUUGCCACAUCAGGUUCCCAGGUGGUGAAGAAUGAAGGGAAAGGAGCAAAGAGGAAAGCCCCUGAGGAGGAGAAGAAUGGCGGUGAAGAGCUUGUGGAAAAGAAAGUUUGUAAAGGCUCUUCAGUGAUCUUUGCUCUGAAAGGCUAUGUGGCAGAGCGGAAGGGUGAGAGGGAGGAGAUGCAGGAUGCCCAUGUCAUCCUGAAUGAUAUCACUCAGGAGUGUAACCCUCCAUCAUCUCUCAUUACUCGGGUUUCAUACUUUGCUGUUUUUGAUGGACAUGGAGGAAUUCGAGCCUCGAAAUUCGCUGCACAGAAUUUGCACCAGAACUUAAUCAGGAAAUUUCCUAAAGGAGAUGUAAUCAGUGUGGAGAAGACUGUGAAGAGGUGCCUGCUAGAUACUUUCAAGCACACCGAUGAAGAGUUCCUGAAACAGGCUUCAAGCCAGAAGCCUGCCUGGAAAGACGGGUCCACUGCCACGUGUGUCCUGGCUGUGGACAACAUCCUGUAUAUCGCCAACCUUGGAGAUAGUCGGGCAAUCCUGUGUCGUUAUAAUGAGGAAAGUCAAAAGCAUGCAGCCUUAAGCCUCAGCAAAGAGCACAACCCAACUCAGUAUGAAGAGCGCAUGAGGAUACAGAAGGCUGGAGGGAAUGUCAGAGAUGGGCGUGUCUUGGGUGUGUUGGAGGUAUCUCGUUCCAUUGGAGAUGGGCAGUACAAGCGUUGUGGAGUCACAUCUGUACCUGAUAUCAGACGCUGCCAGCUGACCCCCAAUGACAGGUUCAUUUUGCUGGCUUGCGAUGGGCUCUUCAAGGUCUUUACCCCAGAAGAAGCUGUGAACUUCAUCUUGUCCUGCCUUGAGGAUGACAAGAUCCAGACCCGAGAAGGGAAGCCUGCUGUUGAUGCCCGCUAUGAAGCUGCAUGCAACAGGCUGGCUAACAAGGCAGUGCAGCGGGGCUCGGCAGACAACGUGACGGUGAUGGUGGUGAGGAUAGGACACUGAGGCCAGCACACUGCACGUGUGCUCUUGACUUGCAGGUUCAUUUUGUUUGUGCACGCUGUGUGUACUCCUGUGGGACUUCUAUGGUUGUAAAUAAAGGUUUCUUUUUUCCUAGUUAUUUGA